CGGUGCCCCCCAAGUGACGUCGAAGGCCCGCUUGAUUUUCCCCAGGUUCCUGAAAGAUCAAAUGACACUGGGUACGAUGGAAACAGUAUGCGAAACACUCAAUAUAAUUGAGUUGUUGCGAUCCAUGUACUUUGACGAGUUUUCGUUUCGAACCGUGGACGAUCAAGCAUUGUAUGAACAGUUACAAACCUACGAAGAACAAGGCACCUGGGAUCAAGCCGACAUCAAUCAGCUUCCAGAAACGACAGCGUUUCAUAUUCGACUGUCACUGGAAACGGACUCUGACAAGGAUAUAAAGCUGACAAUAUCGUGCAUUCUGUCCCUGAAUAAGCGCGAGUUCCGGAUCGGCAUACCGUUUGCUUCUAACGAAUGGCUGUCCCGCGAGUCUCAUCAAUCGUUGACUCGUCAAGCGGAUUGCUAUGUGCAAGAGCACGCUUUGACCGACGACGACGACCGAGGCACCCAGCUGCUCGAAGCCAUCGAGUACGUGCAGCAGAGUGCGGUGCCUUUGGCUGUGGCCUGGUGCACCCAGCUAGAACAAGAAAAUGCAGAGGCUGAUGACAACGAUACAACCCCUCUUCACUUCGUUCGUCAAUGGAUCUGGUUCCCCAUGAUUUAUACUCGCGAAAAGCGAGGGCAUAUUGUCGACUGGGCUCCCAGUUACGGAGUCACCGGCUUUCUGUGUCCCGGCAAACCCGGAUGUCUUUGUCUGGAAGGAACAGAAAAGAACGUAGUGACCUUUAUCAACGAUAUCAAAACCAAAUCGUGGGCCGACAUCCCUGCCUCGCACCGCAAAAUGACGCUAAGAUGGCGCGAAGAGCAAGAAUGCGUUGGCAAAGAGGAAAUGGAUCGUUUACGGCGAUUUCCAGACAUGAAAGAAGUCAUGUUUGAUAUCCAUGGCAAUUUCGGCAAUCACAACAGUUUAAGUAUGCUACAGGAUUGGCUGAAUGAGCGUGGAUGUGGUGAAGCAUUUACCCACCUCUUUGAAUACAACGAAAAAUAAUCAACAUUCACCGACACGCAUAAAAACAUGGAUACCUCCACUGUAUAUAAAGCAUUUGACUAGACAUAGAGAUGAAUAGACACUGAUUUCUCACCUUCUUUUUUCCUUUCAAUCUGGACACAUAUU